AUGGCUCCCCCCGAAGUGCACCACUUGUUCCACAACCCGAUCGCGGACCACUCGUUCUCGGCCGACCGCAACACCCUCGCCAUCGCGCGCGAUACCACCGUCGAGCUCUACGGAAGGGCCGGCAAUGCGUUCAAGCUGCAGGAUGAGCUCAAAGGCCACGACAAGACGGUGACGAGUCUGGAUAUUGCCCCCAACUCGGGCCGCAUCGUUUCGUGCUCGCAGGACCGCAACGCCCUCGUCUGGGAACCCACCCCGCAAGGAUACAAACCUACCCUUGUGCUGCUGCGCAUCAACCGCGCCGCCACCUUUGUGCGCUGGUCGCCCUCCGAGACCAAGUUCGCCGUCGGUUCCGGCGACCGCCUCAUCGCGGUCUGCUAUUUCGAGCAGGAAAACGACUGGUGGGUGUCCAAGCACUUGAAGAAGCCCAUCCGUAGCACGGUCACCACGCUCGCGUGGCACCCCAACUCGGUGCUCCUAGCCGCGGGCUCAACCGACGCCCACGCCCGUGUCUUCUCCAGCUUUAUCAAGGGCGUCGAUGCCCGGCCGGACCCGACCGCCUGGGGCGAGCGCCUACCCUUCAACACCGUCUGCGGGGAGUACCUCAACAACUCGGCCGGGUGGGUCCACUCGGUGGCCUUCUCGCCGAGCGGUGACGCGCUGGCGUUUGCUGCGCAUGACAGCAGCAUCACCGUGGUCUACCCCAGCGCCCCCGAGCAGCCGCCCAAGGCGGUUAUCAGCAUCAACACCCAGUUGCUGCCGUUUAUGAGUCUGAUUUGGAACGGUGAGGCCGAGAUCAUUGCGGCCGGCCACGGCUGCGAGCCGUACCGGUUUAAUGGUGGGAUUGAAGGCUGGCAGCUCAGCGGUGCCCUUGAGGCCAAGGCCCUGGGCGGUUCUGGCGACCAGCGCGAGGAAUCUGCCCUCAACAUGUUCCGGCAGAUGGACCUGAAGGGUAAGGUCAAGGACGAUACCCAGCUGAAGACGACGCAUCAGAACACGGUCACCACCAUUCGGGCCUACGAAACAGCGGGCGACGCGGUUCGCAAGUUUAGCUCGAGCGGUGUUGAUGGGCGCGUUGUGAUCUGGAACGUGUAA